GAGAAACUUCCCAAGUACCAUUUUCUUAGUUACCUCAAUGCCCCCACCAUUUAACCGACUUCGUAUGGCUUACCGUUUCCGAGAUCCCAAUGGUGAGACUCGUAUUUGCAACACCCGGUAUACAGCUACUUAUUUUCGAACCAGUCAAAGCCAGAAAACGUCUAUUGAGGGUCUCUCCUAAUAUCUCGGAAAUAAGAUUACCGACCGACUAAUACCGAAUUCUUGACGUCACAUCCAUUGACUUGAAUCACUGCUUCAUAAUUUGUAUACAUAUAUUUAUCCGGUGACAACAUAGAUUUAAAGCUUAAACGUAUCCACAUGCUCUUAGCGUUCGGUAGUGUGAUAAAAAAACUCCCCGGUAACAAAUUUUCCCAACUGAUUUAACACUGGAUUUCCCAACGCUUACCAAACUGCAUUUUCAUAUGUGCGCUACACAAUAAAAAGUGUGAUUUUAUUCAAUUUAGUUUUGCUAUUGUCCGAAGUUAUUGCUCUCGAUAAAAGUUCGCUUUAAAUGACGUGUUUAUGAACCGAAUUUGAUAAAACGCGUUUUUAUAAUCGGGAUAGAUCAUUCAAUUGACCGGUCAAGUCGGUAGUGUUGUGUAGUGGUUUGUGAUAUUUGGACGAAAAUGAAGCGUACAAAAAGUGCUGUAUGUGUAUUGGCCUUCAUUUUAGCCAUGGCGACUGCUAAGGAUGUUCAUUUGGAUGCAGUGCUGAAAGGAAAUGCAGAGUUCACAAAGACUCUUUACCAAGCUCUGUCAAAGGAGAAAGGAAAUGUUUUCUUUUCCCCAAUCAGUGUUCAUGCUGUCCUUUCGAUGGUACACCAAGGAGCGAAAGGCAAAACACAACAAGCACUUACCAAUGUCCUCAAAGUGCCAGGUCCCGAAGAAUCUGCUGAUGGCUAUGAACGUGUCAUGAAGAGCUUAAACUCUGUAAAAAAUGUUACCCUUUCGAUAGCCAAUAAGGUAUUCUUGAAAAACAAAUACGUUUUUAAAGCAAGUUAUGCUGCAACAAUAGCUAAGAACUUCCAGUCAGAAGUAGAAUCGGUAGAUUUUGAGAAAAAAGAAGAAGCUGCAAAGAUUAUAAACACUUGGGUUGAGAAUAAAACGAACAAUAGAAUCAAAGACUUGGUUAAUGCUGAUAUGUUCGAUGAAUUAACACGAUUAGUACUUGUAAACGCUAUCUACUUCAAAGGAAAAUGGUCGCAUCCCUUCCCUGUAGCACAAACACAGACUGAAAAAUUCUACAUUAAUGAUGAUGAGAUAAUGGAUGUCCAAAUGAUGCAUCUGACAAAGAAUUUGUUUUACAAAGAAGAUGAAACUCUUGAUGCUAAGGUAUUGGAAUUGCCAUAUUCAAAUAAGGAAUUGAGUAUGAUCAUUAUUUUGCCCAACAAGAGGAAUGGAAUUCAUGAGUUAGAGAAGAAAUUAGCCACAGUAGAUUUGUCCACAAUUACAGAGAAUAUGUAUAAACCUGAGGUCAAAGUAUCCCUACCAAAAUUCAAGAUUGAGACAGAUGUUAUGGAUCUCACCCAGCCACUGAAAGAUGCCGGUCUUGAACAAAUUUUCACAGAUGAAGCUGACUUUUCUGGAAUGCUUGACAAUCCAGAACGCCUGGCAGUGUCUCAAGUUGUCCAAAAGGCCUUCAUUGAAGUUGGUGAAGAAGGAACAGAAGCAGCUGCAGCCUCAGGGGUUAUGAUAUCGGCAAGAUGCAUGCCACCGCCACCAGAAGAUUUCUUAGCAGAUCAUCCAUUCAUCGCUGCUCUACAGGCCAAAGGGCAAAAUCUUGGAAAUGUUUUGUUCUAUGGAAAAAUCACGAGGCCAAAGUGAACGGUUUAAGUUACGUUUAAUGGUAACGUGAGUCUAUUAGACUGUUUGUUUUGUAUUAUAUUGUUGUUACUUCUGUAUUGUUUUAUGUGAUGUUUUGACGUAUUAAAUAUUUUUAAGAAUAAGUAUAUUGCUAUUUGAAGGAUUAAGUGGUUAUUCUAAGAGGACCCAUUGAACAACGUAUUCUCCAAGAAGAUGCCCAGCUAUUUGCUGUAUUUGGACAAACUUGCAAUUUCUACCCUUUCAACGAUGUUGCCAAAUAAGAUCGCCGUAAUUCCCCAAGAAUUAAGAAAAGCAGACUACAUUUUUCUUUUAAAGAACAUUAUUCAUGCUUAAACAUGACGUCAUCCUUCCAAGGAGAGAUCCAGCUUCGCUCUCCCUCGUAAUUAUUCCCAAUAGUAUUCUCAGAAUAAUUUCUCAAUGAUGGAAAAGGAAUCCCAUAACCUGCGGCAACAGUUUGAGAGGUAGCAACGGUGAAACAUAAAGAUGGUGGUCGAGACGUAUGAGGUGUGGCACAUUAUAGAUUUCUGCGUACAUUUGCUCUUAAAACUUAAAUAUUUACAGAAUUGGGAUGACGCGGUAUUAUCUCUAUAUAUGAACAUUAUGCUACGUAAUGUUAUGAGGUCACUUGAUUUUGUGAAGUACUAUUAUAUAGUAUAGAAUAUAUAGUAUAUAAGUAUGUGUCAAGAGCUAUUAUAAUCACGUGACAAACAUUGCCGGCAAACAGUUUUACACCAGACCUCUGAAUAAAUGAGGCUACCGUGUACGGACAUGCUCAUUGCUCACAAAAUCUACGUCUUUUAUAUGCUAAUGCACUACUUGAAAAAUUGUACUAGACGUCGUUUAGAAGGCGUGGGAAGUAUAGAGUAAAUCUACUUGACGCUAAUUUUCAUGAGCGCAUGGUCGCAGCACUUCCUACUCCAAAUCUAUAAUAAGAAACAUUGAGACAUAAAACAUAUAAACAUGAAAGUGUUGCUCAACUGCGCCUCUCAGUUGAAACAAAUAAAUGCACAAUAAUAUAAUCCAUCUUUUGUUUAUAUUGUGAGCGCAAUGGCGCAACGCUACAAUUUUAUUUUUAAAUUCAAAUGUGUAUUUAAUAAUGUCGAUAAAAGUGUAAAAUAAAUUCGUUUUGUAAUAUUUAAUUGCGAUCAUCCAGAAAUAAGACUUAUUUUCUGGGACGAACAAUCCAUCCACAUAUCUUAUCCUUAUGGGUCUCCUACAUAACAUUACAUCAGCACAAGACAAGCCUAUACCCUAUUUCACGAGUAUCCAUCACGCUUUGACGUCAACUGAAGUGAACCAAGUGACAUUUUUUGUAUUAGUCCGCGACGUUGGCAAUAAUGAAUCGGGUAUAAAUCUAGUAAAACUUGUCUAGGGUUUUGUUUUUGUAUGCAAAUGAACGUUUCUAAAUAAAAGAGCUGGUAGCAAGUACAAAAUGAAUCUGUAGCGUACAAAAAAAAACAAUAAGGCUCGGACUACCUGACCUGAAAAUUAUGUGUCCUGUGCCGAUAUGGGGAAUUUUGAGAUAUCACUAUAUAAUUGGCUGCCAUUCUACCGCGAUGGAUACUCGUGAAGUAGGGUAUAUAAGUGGAUUCACUGUUUCAUUUCAGAAAUAGAAUCAAACCUUCCAUCAACCAUUUCAGGGUGGAUCAUUCCGCUGUGAUAAUUUUGCGAAACACUCUAAAUAAACAUUACUGUAUAUUAUUUGUGGGACGUGUGAUGAUGCUAUCUUUUGCCACCCAUUGGCUGUUUAGACUUUACGAAGAAGAACGAUAAAAUAUAUAUUACUUUAUGAUCUCAUGUUUUUCGGCAAAGCUUCAUAAUUAUACUAAUAUUAGAAUAAUACAUCGCACUAACAAAACAAUAAAAUAUUCAUACCUAUUAAUACUACUGUGUUGCAUUAGGUCAUGAAAUCAUAUUAAUAUCUAUCUAUUAAUAUGAUUAUUGUGAUCUAAACCGUUCAUGUUCCCUCAUUCCAUUUGGCCAAACAUAAAAUGGUUGCUGUGCGGCAGUGAAUUUUGGGAAUUCUAAUUUUGAUUAAUUUUUGCGUCUAAUACCAACUGUAACAUUAAAUUGAUGUUGAUAUCAAUGUGAGCUUCUUCAAUUCCAUCUUGUGCUAAAAGUGGAUUUAAAAAUCAUUCUCAUAAACAAUGGUUCUGAUCUCUACCGUAACAUAUCUGGUGGACAAGUAUUUUGCAAAUCCUCUCACGUCAUAUCAACCCAUCAAAAUUGCAGUAUAUCAACAGGUGAGUAAAUAUUAUAUAUUAUAUUAAAUAACCAUCGGGUACUCUUAACUCAAACUGAAUGAAGUGUAGAGGAAAAAGUCUAAUACAUUACUCUUGCACUAAUUUAUAACAACACUCGCAACUAAUUUAUUACAAAUUUAUAACCAUGUCGACUGGACUAUCGCAUUCCGCGUUGAUGACCGUUCCGACUGUGGCUGCCCGCUUCCGUCACCUGGUCGGGUAUUUAACUUCAAUCGACGAAUUCCAGAAGCCUUCCAGGGCGAGCGCGAACCUUGAUCGAAGCAAGAAGACAGAUUACUUCUUGAUAACGGCAGAUGCUUCCCGAAGACGCCACAAGCUAUACACGGUGGCGCAACUCUGGUAGACCAAGCGUCGAUAUAGCGAGGACGUCUCAUCUUUGCUCAAGGCCCCUGUUACGAGGGCAUUACAAUAUAAACAGAGUACAACUUUAACAGCCUGCAUCUCAGUAACGGCGUAUUUUAAGACCAAUGUAUAAAUGAGCUUUUCGUGUAGUUUUUGGGCCUAUUUUCUAACCCCAGAAGUAUUGCCACGAUUUUCUGAAUCUGUAAGAUCCUCAAGCAUAAUUAUUUAAGACGUUAUUAGCUUACGAUGUAUCUGUAUCGUUUGGGAAGUUUGUGGAAGCAAUGUUAACAUAUAACUUUUUUUUCAAGGGAUCUUGUCUGUAAUUAAAAGUGCAAACAUAGCGCCGCCUACGAUUUUCAACGUAGACCAUCCAUUUAUACUGCUGCUGCAAAAUCGGGAAGAUGGAGCUGCAAAUAUUCUUUUCCAAGGACGAGUUCUUCAACCUGCCCAAUAAUCCGCAACAGAAAAGAUUUCCACUUUGCACUAACUAUACAGCAAAAAGUAAUUGCUACUACCCUUUGAUUUAAUGUUACCUAUUUUUAGCUCAAAAACUAAAAAUAAAAUGUGUAAUAAAUAUGUAUGCAAU